UCCUGCAUAAUUGUAUACCUACAACCCAGGGUAAUCGAGCUGGCACUACCUCAUCUUUUAAUGCCAAAGAGGUCCAUGUACUUAUUUUAUUUUUAAACCCUGUCGCUGCGGGCAUGCUGGGCAAAUGGCCGAGUGAACGGAGUCGAAGAGCAGGCGGCGUGCAGGUUUUGCGGUUAAUGCGAUAAUUUAAUUGUAAUGCGGGUCUGGAGUUCUGCGCGCCAAUAAUUUAACUUGCAAUCAGCGCGGCAUUUAUUGGGUUAAACAUAUAAGCCAAGCGCCCAUGGCGAAGACGCAUACUUGCAUGGCCCAAGGAGUGAAUGAACCCCAAGGAUACGCGGCCACAGAUACAUUUACAGAUACAGAUGCGCAGCGAAAGGGAAAAAUGGAAAGGGAAUGAAGAAGGAGGAGGAGGAAAAGGACUCCAAGGAGCACGAGGAUGGCAAAUAAAUUCAACGAUUUCUGUGCAAUAAGGGGUCCGACGCAGUCAGUUGGGCAUUUUCGCACGUAAGCCACGAGGACGAUGACAGCAAUGAAAUAUGCAAGCCAGGUCCUGAACCCAAGCAUUUUUCCAAGGCGCAUAAGGCGUACAUGAGUCAGAAGUUAAAAACCAGUGUGGGCUUGGGAUGGCAAAAAUCCGAGUUCAUACCCAAAAGCCAAAAACAUUUAUAAACUCCAGCACAUCCUAGCAACAGUUGCCCGGGGUGAACUCUAGGGAUUGGCCUUUAACUAUUGUCUCUGGCUAACACAUUUUGGUAUGUGUCUUUGGUAGUUGCAAUGUCGCAAGGACACACGGAAAAGCAAUUGCUGGAACUGCGGCGCAUCCUGUUGCUGACCGUCUAUAAGAACACCUUGAAUCAACUGAUUUUGCAGCAGCGUUCUCAACGUUUAAAUGCCAGGAAACCUCUUAUGCUGCCUGCUUCUCUUCAAAGACGACGCAGUUCGUCCAUGGGGGAGCAGGAAAAACCAGAACGUAUCCUUAUUACCGGAAAGGUUCUUCCCAGAUUGGAAUCCCUGCUGGGGGAACCUGAGAACGAUGCCGAUCUGCUGGAUGAGGAUGUUUUGAAUGCCCUGAAAUUCGAAAGGGAUAUGGAUGCCCUUAGAAUGAUCUUUGAAGUGGCCAUGAAUGAUCCCGAAUUGGCAGAGAAGAACACAGAAGAGGUUAAGGAUCUAGAUGAGGAUUUAGAAGAGGAGUUAGCCCCGGAAAAUCCACAGGAACAAUUGGAAGGGGCAAGUAAAGAAAUACCUUAUGAAGAGUGUGAUGAUAUGAAAAUCAUGAAUCUGCAAAUUAAAGAAAGGCAAAGUCCCUUUGAAACUGAACAAUUACAAGAUAUUAAGCCGGUUGUUAAGGAAGGGAGCAGAGAUAUGGAAACCCUAGAAAUUGAAGAAGGGGAAACAACGUCCCAGGAGGAUGAGGGUCUGGAGAAUCUCAAGAGAGCCAUUGCUGCCUUGGGUGGCAACAAAAGCGAGGAGUCCCAGGCUGCACAACAGCUGCAAGAAUCCAAGGAUGAACUAAAAAAACUUAAAGAAGACCUGGAAACCGAGAAGCGGGUGACCAAAGACAAGUUACAGAAUCUGGAGGACCGCAUAGCCGAUACCAAGUACAAACUGCGCUGUGUCUCGCGGGUCAAUGACCUCGAGUACAGCUUGGUGCAACGCUGGGAGGAGGGUCGUCUGGCCCAGGGAACCAUUUGGGGUGAGAAUGCAGAGCGGGCCUAUUUAAGGGAUAUUUUGGACAUCCGGCAAAAGCUGGCGCGUGAGGAGCGGGUGAGUGCCGAACUGCGCUCCUUUCGCCAGCGGGAAAUCAUGAAAUUGCAGGCCAGGAUUAAGGAGUGGCAGGAGCGCUACGUCAGCGAAAUGCGACGGGUGGAUCGCGAGGCGGAAGCCUGGGAGCUGCGCAUCCUCGAGCAGAAGAAGCUAUUGCAGCGCCAUCGCGAGAUCUUCGAGGAACGGAUGACCUAUGUCCAGGAGUAUCGAGCCCAAAAGGAGGAGGAGCAGCGUCUGCUGAACCUCCAGAUCCACCGCAUCGAGUGCGCCGUCAGACUUCAGGCCUGGUGGCGGGGCACCAUGGUGAGGCGCGGUCUGGGACCGUUUAAGAAGAAGCCCAAGCGCGGCAAACGAGGCAAGCCCAAGAAAUAGGACACUGUACAAAAGGAAUUAUAACAUUAUUUAAUAAUAUUGAAAUA